AUGGCCCGUGAGGCUUGUCUAACCCUCAUCAGGGAAGGAAAUGAGGCUAAGAUACUAUCAGCAGUCCCACAGUUGGUGGUACCGCUAAGACAGGCUUUGAAUACAAGGGACCCAGAGACUGUGGUAGGGCCUAGGGGCAUCGACGCUCACAAUGCGUAUAUCACAGCUGAGCAGGUGAACACUCUACACGUGCUACAGCUGUUGGCUAAAACCUCUCCUAUGGUUGGCGAAGCAUUAGUGCCGUACUACCGGCAUCUUCUGCCAAUUAUGAGUAUCUUCAAACCCAAGAAGCGAAACACAUGGAAUGUGAUAGACUACGCUCAGCGGAAGGAAGAUUGGCGGAAUCUCGGUACGGUAUACCCUCAGCAGACCUCUGUCCCACCUAGUUGCUAG